AUGGGACAGGAGAUGGGACAGGAGAUGGGACAGGAGAUGGGACAUGGGAGAUGGGACAGGCCAGGUGAUGGGACAGGUGAUGGGCCAGGUGAUGGGCCAGGUGAUGGGACAGGUGAUGGGACAGGUGAUGGGCCAGGUGAUGGGCCAGGUGAUGGGACAGGUGAUGGGACAGGUGAUGGGACAGGUGAUGGGACAGGUGAUGGGCCAGGUGAUGGGCCAGGUGAUGGGCCAGGUGAUGGGCCAGGUGAUGGGCCAGGUGAUGGGCCAGGUGAUGGGCCAGGUGAUGGGCCAGGUGAUGGGCCAGGUGAUGGGCCAGGUGAUGGGCCAGGUGAUGGGCCAGGUGAUGGGCCAGGUGAUGGGCCAGGUGAUGGGCCAGGUGAUGGGCCAGGUGAUGGGCCAGGUGAUGGGCCAGGUGAUGGGACAGGUGAUGGGACAGGUGAUGGGACAGGUGAUGGGACAGGUGAUGGGACAGGUGAUGGGACAGGUGAUGGGCCAGGUGAUGGGCCAGGUGAUGGGCCAGGUGAUGGGCCAGGUGAUGGGCCAGGUGAUGGGCCAGGUGAUGGGCCAGGUGAUGGGCCAGGUGAUGGGCCAGGUGAUGGGCCAGGUGAUGGGCCAGGUGAUGGGCCAGGUGAUGGGCCAGGUGAUGGGACAGGUGAUGGGACAGGUGAUGGGACAGGUGAUGGGCCAGGUGAUGGGCCAGGUGAUGGGCCAGGUGAUGGGACAGGUGAUGGGACAGGUGAUGGGACAGGUGAUGGGACAGGUGAUGGGACAGGUGAUGGGACAGGUGAUGGGCCAGGUGAUGGGCCAGGUGAUGGGCCAGGUGAUGGGCCAGGUGAUGGGCCAGGUGAUGGGCCAGGUGAUGGGCCAGGUGAUGGGCCAGGUGAUGGGCCAGGUGAUGGGCCAGGUGAUGGGCCAGGUGAUGGGCCAGGUGAUGGGCCAGGUGAUGGGCCAGGUGAUGGGCCAGGUGAUGGGCCAGGUGAUGGGCCAGGUGAUGGGCCAGGUGAUGGGCCAGGUGAUGGGACAGGUGAUGGGACAGGUGAUGGGACAGGUGAUGGGCCAGGUGAUGGGCCAGGUGAUGGGCCAGGUGAUGGGCCAGGUGAUGGGCCAGGUGAUGGGCCAGGUGAUGGGCCAGGUGAUGGGACAGGUGAUGGGACAGGUGAUGGGACAGGUGAUGGGCCAGGUGAUGGGCCAGGUGAUGGGCCAGGUGAUGGGCCAGGUGAUGGGCCAGGUGAUGGGCCAGGUGAUGGGCCAGGUGAUGGGCCAGGUGAUGGGCCAGGUGAUGGGCCAGGUGAUGGGCCAGGUGAUGGGCCAGGUGAUGGGCCAGGUGAUGGGACAGGUGAUGGGACAGGUGAUGGGACAGGUGAUGGGACAGGUGAUGGGACAGGUGAUGGGACAGGUGAUGGGCCAGGUGAUGGGCCAGGUGAUGGGCCAGGUGAUGGGCCAGGUGAUGGGCCAGGUGAUGGGCCAGGUGAUGGGCCAGGUGAUGGGCCAGGUGAUGGGCCAGGUGAUGGGCCAGGUGAUGGGCCAGGUGAUGGGCCAGGUGAUGGGCCAGGUGAUGGGCCAGGUGAUGGGCCAGGUGAUGGGACAGGUGAUGGGACAGGUGAUGGGACAGGUGAUGGGACAGGUGAUGGGACAGGUGAUGGGACAGGUGAUGGGACAGGUGAUGGGACAGGUGAUGGGCCAGGUGAUGGGCCAGGUGAUGGGCCAGGUGAUGGGCCAGGUGAUGGGCCAGGUGAUGGGCCAGGUGAUGGGCCAGGUGAUGGGCCAGGUGAUGGGCCAGGUGAUGGGCCAGGUGAUGGGCCAGGUGAUGGGCCAGGUGAUGGGCCAGGUGAUGGGCCAGGUGAUGGGACAGGUGAUGGGACAGGUGAUGGGACAGGUGAUGGGACAGGUGAUGGGACAGGUGAUGGGCCAGGUGAUGGGCCAGGUGAUGGGCCAGGUGAUGGGCCAGGUGAUGGGCCAGGUGAUGGGCCAGGUGAUGGGCCAGGUGAUGGGCCAGGUGAUGGGCCAGGUGAUGGGCCAGGUGAUGGGCCAGGUGAUGGGCCAGGUGAUGGGCCAGGUGAUGGGACAGGUGAUGGGACAGGUGAUGGGACAGGUGAUGGGACAGGUGAUGGGACAGGUGAUGGGACAGGUGAUGGGCCAGGUGAUGGGCCAGGUGAUGGGCCAGGUGAUGGGCCAGGUGAUGGGCCAGGUGAUGGGCCAGGUGAUGGGCCAGGUGAUGGGCCAGGUGAUGGGCCAGGUGAUGGGCCAGGUGAUGGGCCAGGUGAUGGGCCAGGUGAUGGGCCAGGUGAUGGGACAGGUGAUGGGACAGGUGAUGGGACAGGUGAUGGGACAGGUGAUGGGACAGGUGAUGGGACAGGUGAUGGGACAGGUGAUGGGACAGGUGAUGGGACAGGUGAUGGGACAGGUGAUGGGACAGGUGAUGGGACAGGUGAUGGGACAGGUGAUGGGCCAGGUGAUGGGCCAGGUGAUGGGCCAGGUGAUGGGACAGGUGAUGGGACAGGUGAUGGGACAGGUGAUGGGACAGGUGAUGGGCCAGGUGAUGGGCCAGGUGAUGGGACAGGUGAUGGGACAGGUGAUGGGACAGGUGAUGGAACAGGUGAUGGGACAGGUGAUGGGACAGGUGAUGGGCCAGGUGAUGGGCCAGGUGAUGGGCCAGGUGAUGGGACAGGUGAUGGGACAGGUGAUGGGACAGGUGAUGGGACAGGUGAUGGGCCAGGUGAUGGGCCAGGUGAUGGGACAGGUGAUGGGACAGGUGAUGGGACAGGUGAUGGGACAGGUGAUGGGACAGGUGAUGGGACAGGUGAUGGGCCAGGUGAUGGGCCAGGUGAUGGGCCAGGUGAUGGGCCAGGUGAUGGGCCAGGUGAUGGGCCAGGUGAUGGGCCAGGUGAUGGGCCAGGUGAUGGGCCAGGUGAUGGGCCAGGUGAUGGGCCAGGUGAUGGGCCAGGUGAUGGGCCAGGUGAUGGGCCAGGUGAUGGGACAGGUGAUGGGACAGGUGAUGGGACAGGUGAUGGGACAGGUGAUGGGACAGGUGAUGGGACAGGUGAUGGGACAGGUGAUGGGACAGGUGAUGGGACAGGUGAUGGGCCAGGUGAUGGGCCAGGUGAUGGGCCAGGUGAUGGGCCAGGUGAUGGGCCAGGUGAUGGGCCAGGUGAUGGGCCAGGUGAUGGGCCAGGUGAUGGGACAGGUGAUGGGACAGGUGAUGGGCCAGGUGAUGGGCCAGGUGAUGGGCCAGGUGAUGGGCCAGGUGAUGGGCCAGGUGAUGGGCCAGGUGAUGGGCCAGGUGAUGGGCCAGGUGAUGGGCCAGGUGAUGGGCCAGGUGAUGGGACAGGUGAUGGGACAGGUGAUGGGACAGGUGAUGGGACAGGUGAUGGGACAGGUGAUGGGACAGGUGAUGGGACAGGUGAUGGGCCAGGUGAUGGGCCAGGUGAUGGGCCAGGUGAUGGGCCAGGUGAUGGGCCAGGUGAUGGGCCAGGUGAUGGGCCAGGUGAUGGGCCAGGUGAUGGGCCAGGUGAUGGGCCAGGUGAUGGGCCAGGUGAUGGGCCAGGUGAUGGGCCAGGUGAUGGGCCAGGUGAUGGGACAGGUGAUGGGACAGGUGAUGGGCCAGGUGAUGGGCCAGGUGAUGGGCCAGGUGAUGGGCCAGGUGAUGGGCCAGGUGAUGGGCCAGGUGAUGGGCCAGGUGAUGGGCCAGGUGAUGGGCCAGGUGAUGGGCCAGGUGAUGGGCCAGGUGAUGGGCCAGGUGAUGGGCCAGGUGAUGGGCCAGGUGAUGGGACAGGUGAUGGGACAGGUGAUGGGACAGGUGAUGGGACAGGUGAUGGGACAGGUGAUGGGCCAGGUGAUGGGCCAGGUGAUGGGCCAGGUGAUGGGCCAGGUGAUGGGCCAGGUGAUGGGCCAGGUGAUGGGCCAGGUGAUGGGCCAGGUGAUGGGCCAGGUGAUGGGCCAGGUGAUGGGCCAGGUGAUGGGACAGGUGAUGGGACAGGUGAUGGGACAGGUGAUGGGACAGGUGAUGGGACAGGUGAUGGGACAGGUGAUGGGACAGGUGAUGGGACAGGUGAUGGGACAGGUGAUGGGACAGGUGAUGGGACAGGUGAUGGGACAGGUGAUGGGACAGGUGAUGGGACAGGUGAUGGGACAGGUGAUGGGACAGGUGAUGGGACAGGUGAUGGGACAGGUGAUGGGACAGGUGAUGGGACAGGUGAUGGGACAGGUGAUGGGACAGGUGAUGGGACAGGUGAUGGGACAGGUGAUGGGACAGGUGAUGGGACAGGUGAUGGGACAGGUGAUGGGCCAGGUGAUGGGCCAGGUGAUGGGACAGGUGAUGGGACAGGUGAUGGGACAGGUGAUGGGACAGGUGAUGGGACAGGUGAUGGGACAGGUGAUGGGACAGGUGAUGGGCCAGGUGAUGGGCCAGGUGAUGGGACAGGUGAUGGGACAGGUGAUGGGACAGGUGAUGGGACAGGUGAUGGGACAGGUGAUGGGACAGGUGAUGGGCCAGGUGAUGGGCCAGGUGAUGGGACAGGUGAUGGGACAGGUGAUGGGACAGGUGAUGGGACAGGUGAUGGGACAGGUGAUGGGACAGGUGAUGGGACAGGUGAUGGGACAGGUGAUGGGACAGGUGAUGGGACAGGUGAUGGGCCAGGUGAUGGGCCAGGUGAUGGGCCAGGUGAUGGGCCAGGUGAUGGGACAGGUGAUGGGACAGGUGAUGGGCCAGGUGAUGGGACAGGUGAUGGGACAGGUGAUGGGCCAGGUGAUGGGACAGGUGAUGGGCCAGGUGAUGGGCCAGGUGAUGGGCCAGGUGAUGGGCCAGGUGAUGGGCCAGGUGAUGGGCCAGGUGAUGGGCCAGGUGAUGGGCCAGGUGAUGGGCCAGGUGAUGGGCCAGGUGAUGGGCCAGGUGAUGGGACAGGUGAUGGGACAGGUGAUGGGACAGGUGAUGGGACAGGUGAUGGGCCAGGUGAUGGGCCAGGUGAUGGGCCAGGUGAUGGGCCAGGUGAUGGGCCAGGUGAUGGGACAGGUGAUGGCACAGGUGAUGGCACAGGUGAUGGCACAGGUGAUGGGACAGGUGAUGGGACAGGUGAUGGGACAGGUGAUGGGACAGGUGAUGGGCCAGGUGAUGGGCCAGGUGAUGGGCCAGGUGAUGGGCCAGGUGAUGGGCCAGGUGAUGGGCCAGGUGAUGGGCCAGGUGAUGGGCCAGGUGAUGGGCCAGGUGAUGGGCCAGGUGAUGGGACAGGUGAUGGGACAGGUGAUGGGACAGGUGAUGGGACAGGUGAUGGCCCAGGUGAUGGCCCAGGUGAUGGGCCAGGUGAUGGGCCAGGUGAUGGGACAGGUGAUGGGACAGGUGAUGGGACAGGUGAUGGGACAGGUGAUGGGACAGGUGAUGGGCCAGGUGAUGGGCCAGGUGAUGGGCCAGGUGAUGGGACAGGUGAUGGGACAGGUGAUGGGCCAGGUGAUGGGCCAGGUGAUGGGACAGGUGAUGGGACAGGUGAUGGGACAGGUGAUGGGCCAGGUGAUGGGCAAGGUGAUGGGCAAGGUGAUGGGCCAGGUGAUGGGCCAGGUGAUGGGACAGGUGAUGGGACAGGUGAUGGGCCAGGUGAUGGGACAGGUGAUGGGACAGGUGAUGGGACAGGAGAUGGGGAAGGAGAUGGGGAAGGAGAUGGGGAAGGAGAUGGGGAAGGAGAUGGGGAAGGAGAUGGGGAAGGAGAUGGGGAAGGAGAUGGGGAAGGAGAUGGGGAAGGAGAUGGGGAAGGAGAUGGGGAAGGAGAUGGGGAAGGAGAUGGGGAAGGAGAUGGGGAAGGAGAUGGGGAAGGAGAUGGGGAAGGAGAUGGGGAAGGAGAUGGGGAAGGAGAUGGGGAAGGAGAUGGGGAAGGAGAUGGGGAAGGAGAUGGGGAAGGAGAUGGGGAAGGAGAUGGGGAAGGAGAUGGGAAGGAGAUGGGGAAGGAGAUGGGGAAGGAGAUGGGGAAGGAGAUGGGGAAGGAGAUGGGGAAGGAGAUGGGGAAGGAGAUGGGGAAGGAGAUGGGGAAGGAGAUGGGACAGGAGAUGGGACAGGUGAUGGGACAGGAGAUGGGACAGGUGAUGGGACAGGAGAUGGGACAGGUGAUGGGACAGGAGAUGGGACAGGUGAUGGGACAGGAGAUGGGGAAGGAGAUGGGGAAGGAGAUGGGACAGGAGAUGGGACAGGAGAUGGGACAGGAGAUGGGACAGGAGAUGGGACAGGUGAUGGGACAGGUGAUGGGACAGGUGAUGGGACAGGUGAUGGGACAGGUGAUGGGCCAGGUGAUGGGCCAGGUGAUGGGCCAGGUGAUGGGCCAGGUGAUGGGCCAGGUGAUGGGACAGGUGAUGGGCCAGGUGAUGGGACAGGUGAUGGGACAGGUGAUGGGACAGGUGAUGGGACAGGUGAUGGGACAGGUGAUGGGACAGGUGAUGGGACAGGAGAUGGGACAGGUGAUGGGACAGGAGAUGGGACAGGUGAUGGGACAGGAGAUGGGACAGGUGAUGGGACAGGAGAUGGGACAGGUGAUGGGACAGGAGAUGGGGAAGGAGAUGGGGAAGGAGAUGGGACAGGAGAUGGGACAGGAGAUGGGACAGGAGAUGGGACAGGAGAUGGGACAGGUGAUGGGACAGGAGAUGGGACAGGUGAUGGGACAGGAGAUGGGACAGGUGAUGGGACAGGAGAUGGGGAAGGAGAUGAGACAGGAGAUGGGACAGGAGAUGGGACAGGAGAUGGGACAGGAGAUGGGACAGGUGAUGGGACAGGAGAUGGGACAGGAGAUGGGACAGGAGAUGGGACAGGAGAUGGGACAGGAGAUGGGACAGGAGAUGGGACAGGAGAUGGGACAGGAGAUGGGACAGGAGAUGGGGAAGGAGAUGGGGAAGGAGAUGGGGCAGGAGAUGGGGAAAGAGAUGGGGAAGGAGAUGGGGAAGGAGAUGGGGAAGGAGAUGGGGAAGGAGAUGGGGAAGGAGAUGGGGAAGGAGAUGGGGAAGGAGAUGGGACAGGAGAUGGGGAAGGAGAUGGGGAAGGAGAUGGGGAAGGAGAUGGGGAAGGAGAUGGGGAAGGAGAUGGGGAAGGAGAUGGGACAGGAGAUGGGGAAGGAGAUGGGGCAGGAGAUGGGGCAGGAGAUGGGGAAGGAGAUGGGGAAGGAGAUGGGGAAGGAGAUGGGGAAGGAGAUGGGGAAGGGAUGGGAAGGAGAUGGGGAAGGAGAUGGGGAAGGAGAUGGGGAAGGAGAUGGGGAAGGAGAUGGGGAAGGAGAUGGGGAAGGAGAUGGGGAAGGAGAUGGGGAAGGAGAUGGGGAAGGAGAUGGGGAAGGAGAUGGGGAAGGAGAUGGGGAAGGAGAUGGGCAGGAGAUGGGGAAGGAGAUGGGGAAGGAGAUGGGGCAGGAGAUGCGGCAGGAGAUGGGAGAUGGGGAAGGAGAUGGGGAAGGAGAUGGGGAAGGAGAUGGGGAAGGAGAUGGGGAAGGAGAUGGGGAAGGAGAUGGGGAAGGAGAUGGGGAAGGAGAUGGGGAAGGGAUGGGGAAGGAGAUGGGGAAGGAGAUGGGGAAGGAGAUGGGGAAGGAGAUGGGGAAGGAGAUGGGGAAGGAGAUGGGGAAGGAGAUGGGGAAGGAGAUGGGGAAGGAGAUGGGGAAGGAGAUGGGGAAGGAGAUGGGGAAGGAGAUGGGGAAGGAGAUGGGGAAGGAGAUGGGGAAGGAGAUGGGGAAGGAGAUGGGGAAGGAGAUGGGGAAGGAGAUGGGGAAGGAGAUGGGGAAGGAGAUGGGGAAGGAGAUGGGGAAGGAGAUGGGGAAGGAGAUGGGGAAGGAGAUGGGGAAGGAGAUGGGGAAGGAGAUGGGGAAGGAGAUGGGGAAGGAGAUGGGGAAGGAGAUGGGGAAGGAGAUGGGGAAGGAGAUGGGGAAGGAGAUGGGGAAGGAGAUGGGGAAGGAGAUGGGACAGGAGAUGGGGAAGGAGAUGGGGAAGGAGAUGGGGAAGGAGAUGGGGAAGGAGAUGGGGAAGGAGAUGGGGAAGGAGAUGGGGAAGGAGAUGGGGAAGGGGAAGAAGGGAAUGAAUGCCCCCACAUCCCAACCUCCACAGCUCACAACCCCUACCCCCUCACAUCCCUAUCUCCUCGCAGCCCCUACCCUUGGCGCUUCAACUCCGUUGCUGCAUCGUCACCCCUAA